AUGCCGUCCCACCACCUCAUCCGUCGCGAUUCCUGGCCACCCACCAUCCUCCGCCUCGGUCAUGAAGGCGCCCCAGACAUCUCAGACACAGACGCAAACCCCUUCGCCUACUUCCUCGAGCCCGUCCUCCCCGCCGACGUCGACGAUAACGACGAUUACCUCGACCUCAGCGCAGGUAUCGAGAGCGACGAUGCCAAGACACCACAGGUGCGUGAGGUCAGCCCGAGUUCGCUGCAGCGCCUCCCUAUUCUCGCAGACGAGGAGCUGGAGGCCGAGCAGGCGGAACAAGAAAUGCAUGACUGGCUUUCUGUGCCGCGCCGCGGAAAGCAGCGGGGUAGCAACAGCAGUGGCAAGGGCAGUCAAGGAGGGAGGACUGCAGCGGCGCGCGGGAGAGGGCUUGUCAGGAAUUCUGCGAUUCCCGGGCCGGCGACGAGGUCGAGGAGUGCGGGCCCGAGAGGGAGGGCGUGGCGCGAGCCGAGCCCGGAGAUUGGGGUUAUUGAGGAGGAGGGGGAGGAUGUCGAGAUGGAGACGGGGGGUGCACCCGGGCCGAGCGGGUUGGGAAAGAAGAUGGAGGUGAGGGGGUGGGGGAAGAUGAAGAAGAGGGUGCAUUGGGCGAUGCCGGUGGAGAAGUGA